CUUUCUGAUUUGAAGCAGUUCUCUGUUUGUCGCCUGCAUGACUGAAUAAACCUUAACAUCUUGAGCGCUUUCAGCUGCCCGUCAAAGCUGAAAAGAAGUUAAUCAUUGGACAUUAAAUUAACAUUCUUUUUUAAUGUUUUAAAGCAAUUGCUUGUACUGAUUACUGAACUUUUUAUCUAAUAUGAUGGGAAAGACCCAUUAUUCUAGUUAUUGAGGUUUGGAAUAGAUGAAUUGGAAUUGGAUUGGUGUUACAAGGAGAACCAGGGACAAAAUCCAAAAUUUAAAAGGUUGUAUUAUUGUUCCGUUAAAAUGAUUGGAAGUAACUUGGAUUCAAUAAUGACGUCUGAAAGUAUGAUUGGAAGGUAUAGGAAAUGGGAUAAACUUCUGAGACAGACGAUUUUAUUCCAUUUAGCAUAAUAACAAGAUUUAGAAAACACAAAUGCGACUCAAGACAAAUAUGAUGCGGACAAAAAAUAUUGAUUUGUGUUUGGGAAUGAUAUUUUAAAAAUGAGAUUAGAAGAACUGAUUUUUUAGCCUCUUUACCAGCAAAUUUCAUUUCACUCGAAUGACUUCUUCUUCUUCUUUUUCUGUAAGAAAAAUGUCUAAAAUAGCGUGUUUGAGUCCUAGAGGUUCAAUGAAUUCUAUCCAAAAUCAAUCACAGGACUCAUUGUGCAGAUGAAAAAAGGUUAUCAAAAUUGCUUUUAAUUGUUCUGUUCUGAUAAUGGACUCAAAAGAACAAUCUGCACGGAAUACAUGCUAAUUUAUGACCUCCACUUUGCCUCACAUGGCAUAAUUAGGGAAAAGGACUAGCUUACCAAAUAACAUGUGUGAUACUAUAAACUUGAAAUGAGAAAAGGAAAUGCAAACAGCAAGUCAGUCUAGUGCCUGAAUGUUAGGUUUCUUUCAAUGUACAGAAAUGGUUAAAAAAAGAGAAAAUUAUGACUUGCAGUUUGUUGUCACUUCUCAACGUUAUCUAAUAUGUGCUACACUCCACGCUGUGACAAAACUCUCAAACUAGUUUGAUAUUGCCGGUGUAUAGAACCAAACCACGCGGAUCAAAUUUAUAUAUAACUCACUUCAGUAAUCAUCACCACUACCACUGUCAGAAAAGACAACAAACUUAUUAAGUACUUAGCCUGAAUACUCGCAAUGGCUUUGUUACUGCCACCGCUUCAUCUUACAACUUCCUAUCUCAGCACAAGCACCAUUGUGGCUCUCUGUGUAUUCUUCACCCUCCUAGGCACUUGUGUCAUCAUUGGCCAUCUUCUGGAAGAGAAUCGGUGGGCUAAUGAAUCCAUCAUUGCCCUCCUUCUGGGUUUGUGUGCUGGGACGGUGGUGUUGUUUGUCACUAACUUUAAAAGUGCCAAGAUUUUAAUAUUCAGUGAAGACUUGUUCUUUCUCUACUUGCUUCCCCCUAUCAUUUUCAAUGCCGGUUUCCAAGUCAAGAAGAAACAGUUCUUCAAGAAUUUCACCAUUAUACUGCUCUUUGGAGUCAUUGGAACAGUUAUUUCGUUCUGUCUUAUAUCUGUCGGUGCCCUUAUGCUCAUUCAAUGGAUUGGAAUAGUUAACCUUGGCAUAAAAGAUUACCUAGCCAUCGGUGCCAUACUGUCAGCAACGGACUCAGUUUGUACAUUGCAGGUUCUCAAUCAAGAUGAAACACCCUUGCUUUACAGCAUUGUAUUUGGGGAGGGAGUGGUAAAUGAUGCCACGUCUAUUGUGCUUUUCAAUUCGGUCCAAUCCCUUGACUUCAGCAGCUCCAAUUCUAUGACAGCCUUGAAAUUGUUGGGGACCUUCCUUUACCUCUUCAGCACUAGUACUGCCCUUGGCAUAGCAGUUGGCCUUUUAAGUGCUUAUAUUAUGAAAAACCUCUACCUGGGAAGGCAUUCUACUGAUCGUGAACUUGCACUUAUGAUGUUGUUGGCAUAUUUGUCAUAUAUGAUCGCUGAGCUUUUGAGUCUCAGUGGGAUAUUGACUAUUUUCUUCUGUGGCAUUGUUAUGUCACACUACACUUGGCACAAUGUUACAUUAAGCUCAAGGACAACAACCAAGCACGCCUUUGCAACCCUCUCAUUCAUUGCAGAAACUUUUAUAUUUAUAUGUGUUGGCAUGGAUGCUCUAGACAUUGACAAAUGGAAAAGCAGUAAAGGCAGUGCAGGAAUUUCAGUUGCUGUGAGUUCUACUUUGUUUGCAUUAGUGUUGAUUGGAAGAGCAGCUUUUGUGUUCCCUAUUGCAUACAUUAAAAAUCGUAUCAAUACAAGAGAGAAUACCAGAAUAGAAUUUCGUUCACAGUUUAUCAUAUGGUGGGCUGGUCUGAUGAGAGGUGCAGUGACUAUUGCCCUAUCUUAUAACCAGUUUGCAGAAGCCAAGAGUACAUCAUCAACUCAAGACUCUGCAUUAAUGAUCACUUCUUCUAUAAUCGUGGUCUUGUUCAGCACUGUGGUAUUUGGCUCCAUUACUAAGCCACUGAUAGAGGCUGUGCAAUCAAGGCAUCCAAAACCAACCAGUUUUGAUUCCACUGAUAACGUAGAAGAUUUGAGAUUCCUAUUGCUUGAAAACAAUGGUCCCAUUAACCAAAGCAACAAUCUGCAAAUUCAAAGGCAAAGUAGGAUAUGUAUGCUAUUAAACCAUCCAAGCAAAACUGUUCACUACUUUUGGAGGAAAUUUGAUGACAAGUUUAUGAGACCUGUGUUUGGUGGAAGGGGAUUUGUGCCUUUUGUUCCUGAGGUAGCAGCAGAGAUUUUUUGAAACACAAAAUUUAGCUGCUUCUCUUCACUUUUUUCCUUCAAUAAUGUGUGAUCAAGAGAUGUAUCAUAUAUAUUAUCAUGUAAGAUUUUUGUUGUGGUGAUUUUUUGAAAAACAAAAAGUAAUAAAGUUCUCAAAAAAGUUUGAAUAUAAAAUUUUAUGUAAACAUCUAGGUCCUUCCUCACUCCAUUUGUGCUCAAUGAUUUCUUAAGUUGCGUUAAGCGACUUCCUGUUGCUAAUAUUUUUUUAUGUAUGUAGUGAUUAUGAUAUGAUUAUAUAACACCAACUGCACAAGAUUGUAUUUACCUUGCUUUUUACUGUUAAACUUUGAGAUGUUCCAAGCGUGAAUAAAGUUCGUUUCUUUGUCUUUAAUCCUUUGAUGUUCACAUGGAUAUAAAAUUUACCAGCGCAGACUCUGUUCAGUGAUGUGAACAGAUUGAC